CCAAACAACUAUCUUCCUCUCCUUCCUUCUCCCCUUUUCGGCCAAGACAAACUCUGAGUUCCUCAGCUCAAUGACAAAGAACAAACAGUCCUACCGAAACUUAAAGCAACACAUUGGAUUUUCUCUGAGCCACUUGGGUUUAAGGAGUUCAAGUGGCUUAGAAAUAGUGGGGGGCUACUGGCAAAAUCCACUAUCUCUAAGCUGCUUGAACCCCUUAAACUCCUCCCACCGCGGUGACUGGCCAGAGAUCACUUGCACCAGUGGAAAAGUCACCGAGUUUUACGCAGUUAAAGAAGCUCGAGUAUUUAUGGAUUUCUGGGUCUAAUUUGAAUGGGGAAAUCCCAGACACGAUUGGAGAAAUGGAAGCUUUGGUGCAUCUGGAUUUGUCAAAGAACAAUCUGACAGCUUCGACUUGUCCACAUUUGAAGAGUUGUUAUAAAGAGUGCGUCCAGGCAGCAUUGGAUUUCGCUCUGAGUGCUGAGGAUUUUGACGAACUUGUUGACCCACGGUCUUUGUACGAUCAUUUCUUAGGUCCUGAGCCUUCUGCCUACAUUCUUCAACUAAUUCUUAGGGAAGAAAGAAAGGUGGCCACCCGAUUCAACCAAGACAAAUAUGCUCAUGCAAAGGGGAAGAAGAAUGAACCCUUGUCCAAACUGAUUUCACCCCUGAAGAAAAAAAGACUACAGAUGGUUCUGGGGUUGUCAUAUUAACUCCUAUUCAACCUUCUUUACCUUCUUCUCCUAUUAUGUCACUCAGAGAGCUACCUUUGCCACCUAGGACUAAAGCCAAAAGGAAGGAAAAGAUGGGGCAGGGCUGAUCCUACAACGGCUUUUGGAAGGGCUCGCAAAGUCAUUACCGAGGACAAGCUCAAGGCCUUGUCUUCUGUUCUCUUGCACAAGCUUGUUAGUUUUCAUAUCCAUAAGAUGCUGCAGGUUCUUAGGGAGUCGUUGCAUUUGACGACUGAUUAUCUCACGACUAAGGAGAAGGUAGUGAUGGCUACGUCCAAGGCUAAGGCUGUGGAGGCCAAAUAUUCAACACUAAGAAAAUAGUUGAAUGAGGCCAUGAAUGAUGUCAACAAAGCUAAGGCCAAGUUGAAGGAUAUCUCUAACAAGCUGAAGGUAGAGAAGAUGCUCAUCACUUAAAAGAUGAGCAGAUUUAGUCGACCCUAUUGAAGCUUGAAUCAGAACGUGAGAAGGCUAUUGUUGACUUUCUACUUUCGAAGAUUUACUCAAUUGUUACAUUCGAUGAUUAUUUCAAAAGCUUUGAGCUCCUCCGAAGGUGGACGAUGAAGCAUCAUCCAGAGGUCUAUUACUCUAGCAUUGAUUUUGAGGCAAUAGAUAAAGAGAUGAUGACUGAUGAAGCUGCUGAACAGGCUCGAGCCAAUGAGCAAGCUAGAGUUAGAGGAGAAGAAGGAGGAGAAGGCCUGAGAAUGUACUUGUUGAUUCCCAUGUUUAAACCCUUUUUUUUUUCUUUCUACAAACAAUUAGAAUAUUCUGAUACUCGUAUGUUCUUUGAUAAUGCUUAUACUCCUAUAAACAUCUUGAUGCUUAUGUGAUCUUGUUUGUCAAAUUUGGACUUGUAAAUUUAGUUACUCAUCCAACUUUGAUUCAAUCAUGUUUUAGCAACUCCAUGAGAAUUUUACCUUCUAAAUAUGAAUUUAAUCGUGCGACUUUACUCUCGUCAUGAGAAUUUUAGUCGUUAG